UAGCGAAAAUUCAAACUUGUACGGUGGUUGUCUCUCUCUGGCGCUGAGAGUCUUGUCAGAUCUGAGGAUAUGCGAAUCGGGUAAUCAAAAGGAUCGUAGUAGCCCCUGCUGAGAUGGAACUGGAAGAUGGUGAUGCACGGGGGAAGCACAGGAUCCUUGCUGAGCUUGGCCGCGUCGAAGAGGAAGUCAGAUUCUUGGAGAAAGAGUUGGAAGAGCUCGGGCAGACUGAUACCGUACCAACCGUGUGUGAGGAGCUGCUCUGUCUCAUCGAGAAAGCACCCGACCCUCUCUUGCCACUGACCAAUGGGCCUUUGAACUUGGGAUGGGACCGGUGGUUUCAAGGACCAGAUGGGGGAGAUGGCUGCAGAUGCUUUAUGCUUUGAUCCAUGGGUUUACAUUAAUAUAGGCGGGGCUAGUUUCGGUGUUAAGACUAGUUUACAUGGGACCCAAAGUUUUAACAUGUGUGAUGAUCUAUAUCGUCGUAGUAGAAAAAUCGUACAGAGCUUUGGAUUGUGUAGAAUGGUUAAGUUGCAAGUAUGUAAGCUAAGCAGUAGAAUAUUUUGUAUGUAUGAGAUUCGAAUCUGGCAUCCGAGCAAUCAGAGUUUGAGCUUCUCAUC